UUUUAAGCAAAUGAAGAGUCCCUUAACUCUCGUCAACUAAAGCAAUAAUCAAGGUUCUUGAAGAGAGGAGUCCACACCAUUUCUUCUUCCAUAUAUAAAUAGACUUGAGAGGGAAAAAGUUCAGUCUUCUGCCUUCUCUUCUCUUCUCUUCUCUUCUAUGCGCCGAACUGAACCUAACCAAACCAACAGUUGAAACCUCUCCUCCCUGGCGAUGGAUUCAACUUCUUCUUCUUCUUCUCCCGGCGCUUCUCAAUUCCUCGCUAAUCUUCCCCUUCGCGGCACCUUCACUUCCACCGCCAUUUCUUCCAAUCCGGAUCGGAUGCGGGUUUAUGUAUGCGAUCAUGAGACCACACCGCCAGAAGGGCAACAUAUUAAGACUAAUCAACAGAACAUACUGAUCAGAGCACUCAAAUUGAAGAAUGUAUCUGACAGUUCAAAAAAGAGAACUGCUGAAAAGGUUUUGGGAGCUUCAGCCAAGAAACUAAAUAAUCAAACCACCCCUCAACAAGAGGGAUCAAAUGGUCAAACAUCCAGUAGGAACUUCCAGAGCUUGACUGUAGAGAGGCUCCGAGCUCUUUUGAGAGCUAAAGGUCUUCCAACCAAAGGAAAGAAGGAGGAGCUUAUUACACGUCUAAAAGAUGCUGAUGGGCAAGCAUAGCAUGGAGAGUGGAAUUCCUGGUCAUUCAGUGUCCAAUGUAAGAGUAGUUUUUAUCCGAAGAAGCACCAAUGUAAGAGUAGUUAGUUUAUAUUUUUAUGAAACUUAGGAUCUGGGACUGGAACUAAUAUACAUACAAAGCUAGUGUAAACUGGAGCAAAAUUUGAAUAUUAUCGUUUUGACGGCCAUUUUGCAAAGUUUGAAUAUUAUUUUUUUGGCGUUGUUGUUUCA